AUGCUUGAUGAAAAAUAAUAUAACGCAGGGAUUUAAUCUUAAAAUAUAGGAUCCAAUGAAUUUGGAUCUAAUAAUAUCCUUGAUGAGAAACAAUUAGGGCCUGCUCCUCAAAUUGAAAUAAAUCUAGAAUAUAAACCAAUAACUCUUGACUAAAUUCAAUAAUAAAAAGUGGCCCCAAAGAAGCAAUCAUCUUACAAAGGGGCAACUUUAACCCUUUUUAAAACUUUUGUUGGUUCUGGAAUACUCGCAUUGCCUUACAGUUUUGCCAAAGGAGGUUAUGUUCUAUCAACUAUAGUUUUUGUGCUUCUAAGUUUGCUCAUAAAUUAUUAAUAAGUGAAUUUCAUCAUGAUGGCCGAUAAAUAUAGGCAACCUAAUCAAUUAAUGGAUUAUUCAAAAUUUAUUGAAAUUACUUUGGGUGCAAGGUAUAGAUCAUUUAGUAAAUUAAUUGUUGGAACUAUGUAAUGGGGAUGUUGCAUAAGUUAUGUUAUUUUUUUUAUGGAGUUUUUUGAAAUUGCUUUCUAUGGUAAUUCCACAUCUUCAUUUCAACAUUAAUUAUAUUAUCUUUUAAUAGCCUUAUUAAUUUUACUCCCAAUGACACUAAUAUCUAAUAUGGCUGUAUUUACAAAGGUAAGUGCAAUUGCGAAUGGACUGAUAGUAUUUCCACUAGUAAUGAUAAUGGUUUCAGCUAUAUAAGCAAUUAUCAAUGAGAGUUAUCCUGAAAAAUAAAGUUUGAUAGACUUUUCAGGUUUAUCAACAAUGAUUGGUGUCUCGAUAUACUCAUUUGAAGCUGUUGGAGUUUUACUAAACAUUCAAUCUUCGAUGCAGAAGAAGGAGAAAUUUUAAAGAUUGUUGUAAUUAACUACAAUUGCUGUAGUGAUCUUAUUUAUUAUUUUUUCUUUGGUGUGUGGUAUUGGCUAUGGCACAGAUAUCAAUUAAAUUGUGUUGUUUAAUUUGUAAGAUAAUCCUUUCAUGGCUGUAGUUUAAAUAAGCUAUGCUAUUGGAUUAUUACUCUCAUUUCCAGUCUAAUUAUUGCCUGCAUUUUAAAUUUUAGAAACUAACUAAAAAAUAUAAAAGAGUUAAGACUCAGCAAACAGAAAACGAAUUAUAAUAAGGAUGGUUUAAGUGGUACUCCUAAGUUUGAUAGCGAUGUUUAUUCCAUAAUUUGCUGUAUUUUUAUCUCUAGUAGGUGGAUUUUCUGGAAGUGCUCUACAAUUCUAUUUCCCAUUGAUUAUCUACAAGAAGAACUUCUUUGAUAACUAAUCGGUAAGAUAAAGGACAACAUAUUGUUGUUUGAUGAUUAUUGGAAUAAUUGUUGGAUCUUUUGCAGCAAUAAAUUCUCUUAUAUUGUUGAUAAAAGGAUGA